AUGGCUCCCAGGAGACCAAAUGCCAAAAAGGCAAAGUCAAAAGCUCGCUCACAUACCGCCCCGCGUAAGGCCCAAGACAAGCCACCUCGACAGCUCCUCGCCGAAGCCACCGCCUUGCUCGAGCAGGCAGACGCCCUAGCAGCUCUGGCCGCGGCCAACGAGGCCCUCGAGGCCACAGGCGACGGCGGCGCGUACGCCGGCGCCGCCCUCACCCUGCUCGGCGAGAUCCACCUCGAGCUCGGCGAGCCAGAGCAGGCGCGGGCGUUCCUCGAGCGCGCCGCGGCGGCCGACCCAGAGGGCGCCCUGCCCGACGAGAACGGUGGCGGGGUCGAAAAGUUCAUGUACCUGGCGCAGCUGAGCGAGGAUGGCGGGCACGACAGCGUGCGGUGGUUCAACCGCGGCGCCGAGGCGCUGCGCGCGCAGCUGCGCGGCCUCGAGGCCAAGCUGGCCACGACGCCCAAGGUGGCCUCCUCGCGCGCCGACCUCGAGACCCUGGCCGCCGACCGCAAGCGCAGGCUGGCCGACGUGCUGUGCGCCGUGGCCGAGGUGUACAUGACGGACCUGAGCUGGGAGGCCGACUGCGAGGCCGCCUGCGAGGGGCUCGUCACGGAGGCGACGAUGCUGGCGCCCGAGUCGGCGGACGUGUGGCAGACGGUGGCGAGCGUGCGCAUCAGCCAGAGCAGGGAGGACGACGCGCGGGCGGCGCUGGGCCGCAGCCUCGAGGCCUGGCAGGCGCUGGCGCCGGACGACCCGUCCGUGCCGGCCUUCCCCAUGCGCGUGGCGCUCGUGCGCCUGCUCAUGACGGUCGGCCUGCUGGAGAAGGCGAUCGAGGUUGUGGAGCGGCUGGUCAAGGAGGACGACCAGAGCGUCGAGGUGUGGUACCUCGGUGGGUACGGCCUGUUCCUUAUCGGCGAGGCGCUCAAGAAGGCCGAGGAGGAGAAGAAGGGCGGUGACGACAGCAGUAGCAAGAAUUGGGAGGAAUUUUGGGUGUCGUCGCGGCGGUGGUUCCGCAAGUGCCUCAAGUUGUUUGGGCAGCAGAUGUAUGAGGAUGACCGGUUGAGGGACCAUGCGGUAGAGUGCCUUGAUAUGAUUACCAAGGUGAUUGGGGAGGCACCGGAGGAGGAAGAUGGCGAAGAGGAUGGUGAUGAGUGGGAAGAUGAGGAGGAUGGGGAUGGAGAUGAGGAGAUGGCCGAGUAA